AUGAACUCCUCCAUCGCUAGCAUUAUCACAUGCGAUAUGUGCAAUAUUUUCUUCAAUGAAUUAGAUAGAAAACCUUUGAUUGUGUCUUGUGGAGAUACAAUAUGCAAAAAAUGCUAUGAAAUGGAGAGAAGCGAAGCAGUUGGUAAAACCAUGAAGUGUCCUUUCUAGCAUGAAUAUUCUAUAGAUGAUCCUUUUUUUGUAAACUAAAAGGUAAUCAGGAGUUUGAAAGAUUAUGACUUUCAUAACAUUAAAUGCGAUUAGCAUCCUCAUGAAAGUGCUAAUAUUUACUCAAAGAGUGUUGACAAAAUCCAAUGUGUGGCAUGCUGUUAAGCUGAUCCAGAAAAAAUUGAUCUCAAUGAUAACGCAAUGACAUUUACAUUAAGCAGAGAGCAAUUAGACAUCAUAUUUAAGAGAAUGGUAGACAUCCUUGGCAUUGAAAUCUUUAGGAUUCAAAGCAUUGUGGACCAAUACUAAGCUUAUAUAAACAAAGAAAAGAUUUUUACAGGAAAUCAGUUACUUGACCUCAUUAGGUGCAAUCUUGCUGUACUUAAAUAUGCUGAAAUUAAUAGUGAGGAUGAGAUGAUAAUUAAUGAUCCUCUCAUUUCAGGGUUUGUAUUUGCUUUUACUAAAGCGUCAGCUCAAUAACUAUAAGUUAAACCAAUUGAAAAAUAAUAGAAAAUUGACCCACCUAAAUAAGAAAUCAAAGUUAAGGACACCAGAGCUUAGCCCAAAAAAUAGUUGAUUGAUUAAGAAGAAAAGAAAUCAAUUUUACAGAAUCUUCAAAAGCCAGAAUAAAUAUUGCCUUAAAGAUUAUAAUCUAAGAAAAAAGAAUCACCAAUUAGUUUAAAUUCAAAACCAUUAGAUAAUAUCAUUGUACAAGACCUGCAUUAGCAAAAACCACCUGUAUAAAAGAAACCAUCAUUUGAAAUAGAAUAUAGUGAUAAAUCAGAGUCAUAGUUAAUUUAGUAAUCACAGCCAAAUUUCCAUUCUCAGGUAUAGGUAGCACUUAAUAAUGUAGUAAAUAAAUUGCCAAAGUUUUACUGGCCAAUGUAGUAGUCUACAACGAUUUUAGAACCAAUUAAGAAAGUCUAGCCUUUAGUAGAGUAAAAGGAGGAUUAGUUAGUGUUCAAUUGGCCAGAGUAAGAAAACGGAGAGAGUUCAUAGUUCUAUUCAAAAGAGGAUCUUAUGAGUAAAGAUUUUGCUGAAGAAAUACCUUAACAGAUUAAAUUUUCAGAUCAAAGGAAGUAUAAGGAAUUUAGGAGAUUGAUAAUGAAAGAAAUACAGCCAGAUUAUCAAAGUAAAAUAAGGAAGGAAAUAAAAAAAGAUUGCAAAUCUAAAUUCCAACUCCUUUAUAAAGCUGCUUUCGAUGGAUUUACAUCUAAAAAUUUUCAUAAUCUUUGUGAUAAGAAAGGAGCUACUUUAACAUUCAUAUUAGCAGAUUCAGGAUAGAUAUUUGGUGCUUACACCUCAGUAGCAUGGACAUCACCUGCUAAAUGGCAGUGGAAAAAAGACACUAAAGCUUUUAUUUUCUAACUUAAGAAAGGAACUAUUCACAAGCCAACAAAAUUUACUGACUGUGCAGUAAGACAUUAAAAAGAUUAUUUGAUGGUAUUUGGAAAAGGUUGUGAUUUGAUUAUUAAGAAUGACUGUAAUGUGAAUCGUGAUAGUUUUUCUGAUUUAGGGGAAACCUACCUCCCUCCAGAGGGUUAUUAGAGUAAGGAGGAAACUACAAAGUGUUAUUUAGCAGGUUCUUAUCAGUUUAAAGUUAUAGAUAUUGAGGUUUACAAAGUUUCAUCUUGA